AUGGCGUCUCUAGUCAAAGGCUUUGCCAGUGACAUCACUGGUUCGUCCGACGUCUGCAAAAUCGUUACAGACUUUGCCAAAUGCCGGGCGUCCGAAUACCUCCUGCCAAGUGAGACGAUCGCUUUCUCAAUGAUUUCAGUGAAGAACGAGUUCACGUUCACGAAUAUGGCGCUGAUUACGGUUCAAGGCGAGAAUGCCACCACUACUCGCAAGCUUAUCGAACGCUACGAGUAUAAGGACAAUGCCGUUGAUCAUGUCAAAUUUGAGAGUGCUGGUCACGUCGAUCGCGACUGUGAGAUCAAGUUCCAUAUCGGCAGCAAGAGCCUGUCAAUUGACAUUGCGAAAGGAGAUCAGACGGCUGCUCAAGGCAUUUACAAGGUAUUGGAGCUGCUAAGUCGCGCUCAAGCUGCAAACGAACGGUUAUGGGAGAUCAGCACUCUGGGCAUCAAGCACACGUCUGAAGCUUUGUACCUGACUGAAAAGAGCGGUCAGACGCUCACGAAACAGUCGGACGAGGCCACGGCAUGGCUGUAUGAAGCUUACAAACGCAGCCACCCACAUUGCUACCGUGAUGUGAUCGAGUCGGCAUUUUCGGACCUUCGCCCCAUGGACAAGAUGCGGCAGUAG